AUGGCGACAGAUGAAACCAACGGACACGGCACUGGCCCGGUUUUAUGGAUUACCCAAAAUCCACAAGCCAAUGUUCCCCUUCGAGCAAUCGUUGCUUUGAAAGGCAGCCCUACUUACAAUCUAUCCAAGUGGAUGGCCCGAAAACUUAACUUUCUCCGAGAAGGCUCAAGGACCUCCAUCAAUUCGGCCUCCCAAUUCCUGGCCGACAUCCGAGGAAAAGUUGUCCGACCGGAGCAGAUCAUGGUGUCCUUUGACGUGGUUUCAUUAUUCACGUCCAUCCCACCGGACCUGGCACGCGACGUUCUUCGCAAACGACUCGAAGAGAAUUACGACGAGACGAAUAAACCCCUAAAAAUCGACCACUUACUGCAACUGUUUGCUUUCUGCCAACAAACCUUCUUCACCUUCAAUGGCAGAACAUACGAGCAGAUCAAAAGAACGCCGAUGGGUUCGCCAAUAUCCAGCCUGGUUGCAGAACUAGUCCUGCAGGAACUGGAAAAAGUCGCCUUCGACCACUAUGAACCUGCAUUUUGGCGCCGGUACGUGGACGACACGUUCGUCAUAAUUGGAAGGAGCAGACUGGCGGACUUCCAAGACCUGCUCAACGGCAUCUUCCCAGACAUCCAGUUCACAAGGGAAGAAGAGCAUGCCCAACAGCUGCCUUUCCUUGACGUUCUCGUCACACGCACACCCAACGGCGAACUCAACACCACGGUGUACAGAAAGGCGACUAACACGACUCAGAUUCUCAACUACCACAGAAACCACCCAAUGGCGCAUAAACGCAGCUGUGUUAGGACACUCUUCCAGAGGGUAAAAACGCACUGCAGUGAACCAGAGGGACGAGUACGAGAACUUCGGCAUCUUGGGGACCAACUGGCAGCUUCGUCAGCCGCUGUCACCGCACGCGCCUACGGCGAACAAACGGAGGAGAACCACCAACACUCUGGCACCCUCUGCCAUAUAUAA